AUGAAGACAGCACUGGUGAUCGUAGACGUUCAGAACGACUUCCUCCCCGCCCAAAAUGACCGAAAAGAUGGCGCCCUAGCCGUGCCAGAAGGAAACGACAUCCUACCCAUCAUCAUUGACCUGCUCGAUCGGACCAAGUGGGAUUGGGACGUGGUCAUUGCUACCCAGGACUACCACCCGCCACGGCACAUCUCCUUCGCCUCUCGUCAUCCUCCACAUCAGCCCUUUACCGAGCUGGAAGUCACAGACGGGCACGGCAAGACGUAUCAGCAGACGCUAUGGCCGGAUCAUUGUGUGCAGGGGAGCGAGGGGGUGGAGAUUGAGCAGAAUCUCAAGCAGAGUCUGGAUGGGUGGAAGGAUAGACUCAUGAUUGCACGGAAGGCCUGCUAUCCUGAUGUGGAGGCUUACUCCGCUUUCGAGGGGUACCUGACCGAAGCUGCCGCUCCUCAAGAUCCUCUCCCAGAUCCCGGAGCGAGGGUUCUGGCCGACUCGGACUUCACCAAGUACCUCAGGCAGCAAGGAGUGGAGAAGGUCGUAGUCACUGGCUUGGCAGCAGACUUUUGCAUCGAUAGCACCGCCAAAGAUUCCAUCUCGGCUGGUUUUGACACGGUACUGGUAGCUCCAACGACACGAGCAGUGUUUGCUGAUAGGGUGGAAGGAGUGUUCGACGAGCUAGUGAAGAGGGGUGGGACGGUGUUGGGGCGAGCGGGGACAGAGUGGCAAGGAGAUGUGCAGAGAUGGAUGGCAAAGUGA